CAGUUGGUACUUGGUAGUUGGUACUGACGUUGAAGCCAGGUUAUCUCGGUCCGAGCUUUCGAAUUGACAUCUCCAUGAUAAACAAACCUGGAUGGUUUUUGUGGAAUGUUUGCACGGUGAACUUAUUUUGAUGUUUAAACAUUUUUACAAAAAAUAAUUCGUCUUGCUUUACUGCGUGAUGUUUUUAAAAAAUUUAUUUAUUUAGUUAUCGAUAUGGUUGCCUUUAAAAGGUUUUGUUAAACCCUGUUGAUAAUCAAAUGCUUUUAAAACUUGGCAAAAAAUGACGAGCAGUUCGGGAGAUAGCGCGGCCCCUUUGGAUUUCCACAUUUCCUCAUCGUGCGAGGACAAUGGCAAAUUGGUCCUUGCGACCGAGGAUUGCCCAUUGUGCUGUAAAGCGAAAAGGAUAUUUUACUGCAAAUACUGCAUCAAGAAUGGGAAUUUCCUACAUUCUUCCUCUCGCUGCUCGGAAAGCUUUAUAGACAAAAAGCUCAAGCUGUUGACGUACAAGCAAGAGAAAGCCAAGGCGCAGCAGUCGAUCGAGAAAAAACUGACUCCGCAUUUGAAAAUAGCCCGGAUGAAAAGUGACAUCAAGACGCACAACGAGCGUAUACUGUUUUUGAAACGUUUGAUCCAAGACAAAAAGGAAACUAUAGCAGAGAAGAAAGAAAAGGUAAAAAUUCUCACUGAAACCAACAACGAGAAGAAGAUCAGGUUGCCCCGGUAUGAGGACAGGGUCGGCCAGUUGAAAGGCUACGUUAAAAAGAGAUCCAACGAUUUAAAAGAACAAGAAGAAAACUUGAAGAAUAUCAGAGAUAAACUAAUGAGACUGAGGAAGGUGAAUAUUAAACAACUUGUGCAAUACAUCUUUCCUAUAACGGUCGUCAAGCCUUCAGUCAGCCAUGAAGAGGACAGCGAUACUGUAAGCGCAUUAGAAGAUGCUUGUCGUACAGCUUACGUCCAAGGAAAAUGGGUUUUUACAAAUAUUUCUUCUGAAUUGCAACAUUGUAUAGUAGCACCGACUCUUCCCAGUUCCGGUGAUUACACAGCAUACAGCGAUUGGGUUGCGGCGAAUAAAGACGGUGUUCCGACUUCGACCAACACUAUAGAUUUCAAUCCUGCUUAUAACAUAAGCGCCGCUCUGACUUACACCACACAGCUCGUGAAUAUGCUCGCUUAUUACUUGGAUAUAAGAUUACCUUCGAAAUUGUGCUACAGCGAAUUUUGCACGAGCGAACUCAGCAAAGAAAAAUUCACGAAGAGGGUGGCCAGGCUUAAUUGGAACGUCAUUCAUCUGUGCCUUUCGCAAAACGUCAACCCGAGCCUGUUAAAAGCAGAAAGCACUUUGGGCAACAUCUUGCAGCUGCUUGAAGCCGCAGAGUUGGGGAGGACGGGUGCGUGUGAAAUCGAUCCUGAGGCGACGAAGACGCUCGAGGAAAUGCUGCGCCCGGGUUUGGAGAUAUGCAGUGAUUCUGAAGACUCCGAAGAUGAUAGCGAGCACUUGUCCUACGAGUGGGAGUCUGUGGCGAACGUAGGGCUUCCUGAGGUCGAAGCUGGUCCCGCUCAAAAUCUUGCAUCACAACAAUUGUCGAGUUCGAGCGUCGCAGGAGGUCUCUUGACUUCUACGGCCGCUUCUAUAGUUUCUUUAUGGAGAGGAUGGGCAACAAAUAGGUAGCGAAAAGACUUUUACCACACUAUCACAUUCUUUUUAUGUAUAUAAAUUUUCCAUAUUAAUUACUUGCAUAAUUGAGUUACACAAAAUUUUGACAAAUGUAAACAUACAUUUUACAAACAAACAUUUUUGUCAAAUCAAUAUUUUUACAAAAGU